CCCGUUGGAAAUGCACAUCGUCAUCCAAGCCAACAAGAACCGAAAUCUCUCAUUCUCUGCUUUAUUCACUGAAGAAGUCAUGGCCCCUUUGAAACUCCAUGGAAGCGUUUUAUCAACCAACACACAGCGAGUUCUUGCAACCCUUUACGAGAAAGAGGUAGAAUUUGAGCUUGUUAACGUCAAUUUGGGAGCUGGGGAACACAAACAAGAGCCCCAUAUUUCCCUCAAUCCAUUUGGUCUAGUUCCAGCUGCUGUUGAUGGAGAUCUUAAGCUCUUUGAAUCAAGAGCAAUUUCACAGUACGUAGCCCACCAAUAUGCCAGCAAGGGGACUCAACUGGGCGCUGCAGGCAACGGGUAUGCAACAAUCUUGGUAUGGCAAGAAGUGGAGUCUCACCAGUUCGACCCAUCAGCUUCAAAACUGGUGUGGGAGCAAGUUUUUAAACCAAUUUUUGGGCUACCAACAGAUGCGGCUCUAGUUGCCGAGACGGAGGUCACUCUCGGUAAGGUUCUAGAUGUGUACGAGGCAAGACUGUCUCAAUCCAAGUACCUAGCCAGUGACAGCUUCACCUUGGCCGAUCUGCACCACCUCCCUAACAUCCAGGCCUUGUUGGGGACUCCAUCCAAGAAAUUGUUCGAUUCUCGCCCCCAUGUUAGCGCAUGGGUUGCCAGUAUCACUGGAAGGCCAGCUUGGGGCAAGGUGCUCGCUAUGCUUCCGAAGUAAAUUAGAAAGUAACGAUGCAGGGUCUCUUGUCCUGAAUAAAUAAAUAAAAAAGAUGAGUGCGGUGUUUAGUCAUCAAUAUAUAUAUUUCUGUUUACAGAAACAGCUAGACUGAAAGGUCCCCUGUUGGCUUCUCGAGUACUUGUAUUUUGAUCUUGUGUAUGGUGUUUAGUCAUCAAUCUUCUAUGCGAAGGAUGGUUAAACUUGGAAUAAAGUUGUCUUUUUUUUGUGUU